UCACUGCCAUAAAAAGGGGUGUGUGAAUGCAAUCAGCCCUAUAGGCGGUCGGUUGCUGUUGCACGGCGCAAGCUCAUCAUCUCGUGGCGGUCAUUUCACCCCCUUCUCAGCAAAGGUCCGUUCCGUUCUCAACCUCGGUGGAGUCGUGGAGUGCCGUGGACCAGGAAGUACUCCGACUGCAGGCUGUGUAGGCCUACCCGCGUGAUACACAGGAUCCAACAUCCGGCUAAGAUCUAGAACUACCUGAUUGCUCCAACCUGAACAACAUGUCUGCUGAUUUGGUUACAAACCCGCCUAUCCCAUACAGUGGUCCAAUCCCUGGUGGAAUAUUUCCUUCCAAGACCAUUCAUGUCCAAGGUUUUGUGCCGCACGGCAGCCAAAGGUUCAGCGUGAACCUUCAGAGCGGCGUGGGCACCAAUGUGUCAGACAUCGCUCUCCACUUCAAUCCCCGUUUUCAGGGGGGCCAGAACGUGGUGGUGUGCAACACGAAGACUGGCCAGAAAUGGGGAGGGGAAGAACGCCAACCUCACUCGCCCUUCGUUCAAGGCCAGAACUUUCACAUCAUCAUCCGCUGUGAGCACAACUCAUUCAAGGUGGCUGUGAACGGCAACCAUUUUCUGGAGUACAGAUACCGUAUACUGAAUCUGCAGUUGAUCAAUGCCGUUAUGAUCGAUGGCACCGUCACUGUGUACAACAUCCGAUUUGAGCCGCCGUCUGCCCCAGCGUACCCGGCCUACCCACCAGCUCAACCGGCCUUCCCUGCAGCCCAGCCUGCCUACCCUGCAGCCCAGCCUGCCUACCCUGCCGGCCCGAAGGUAGUCAGCUACCCCCCCCUGCCAUACCUGGACACAAUUCCCGGAGGCAUGCGACAAGGCAAGAUCAUCGUGGUUAAAGUUACCAUCAAGCCCAACCCAACAAGGUUCCACAUAAAUUUCCAGUGUGGCAUGUCCAACAACCCAAGGAGUGAUAUUGCAUUUCACUUCAAUCCACGAUUCAACGAGAAGGCUAUCGUCAUGAAUGCCCUGCGCAGCACCAGAUGGGAUGGCACUGAGCAAAAACACCGCACCUACUUCCCCUUCCACCCGAAUGGGACCUACGAGAUUAUGUUCCUGUGCGAACAUCACGAGUUCAAGGUGGCUCUGAAUGGCUCCCACCUCCUGGAGUUCAAACAUCGUCUGCCGUUUCAGAACAUCAGUGCUCUCGCUGUGGAUGGUGAUUGCGUGGUUACAGAAAUCAACUACCACUAAACAACGCUAUGCUUCAUUGGUUGAUAAAAGAGUGCCAUCCCCACAGGGAUGGUGCAUGCAUAGGCCUGCUUAGCUUAAAAACAUUAUAUUCGAGUUACUUAAGAUCAUUUUCUUUGUAUUUCACAAAAAAUGGACCUUGUUUGAAAUUUCCACUGUCAAGGUCUCUUGAUUGACUAUAAACAGAAGCGACUUUUAAUGAACUCUUGUUAACUUUGAUUAGAUAGUUUUUGGUUUUUUUUAAAGCAAAAGUACUGUAGUUUGAUGGAAAGAGAGGCUGCACAAUGAUGGGAACUUUCGUAGCAGGAGUGAGACGCACGUAUUGACGAAAUCUGAAGGGAACAGAUUUGGGUUAGAUAGUACAUUUGAAAUUUUGGUGGAAUUUUUUAUUCAAAUAUUUUCAUGUAAAGUCAUUUAUGAAUUACACGUAAUUGCUUAUAUAGCUGUAAGUAUUAUUGAUAGGAAUAGUUUCAAUUUUUAGAUCUGUAGCCACUGGAACUUCCUCCUGAAAAGUAAAAUUACCACUUUUUUGGCAAGUACAUUUUGAAAUUCUGUUAUUUUGAUAUUGCUUGGAAUUCGGAAAUGCUCGAAAUUGAUUUAAAGCUCAUACUUUCAGGUAAAUUUGUUCAAAGACUUUUAGUUUACAGACCUUCCAAGAUUACAAAAUAUUCAGUUCAAAGUAUUUUGACAAACAAUGCUUUUAAGUCUGUUGUGCUCCUUUGUUCGUUACCAUUUGAGAAUAUUGUUUUUGUUUCUCUGUUCAAGAUUGUUAUUCCCGCGACACACUUUAAUGAAAAGUAGGUGAAGCGACGUGAAGUAAUAUUAGGAUAAACAUGUCAAAGUAAUCUAAAGUACUGUUCACUUUCGUUUAAAGUAUAUAACAAAGAUAGGUUAGUCUGAGUAAUACUUCAAGUAUCAUUCAAUGACCCCACUACUGCACUUUUUGGGUAUUCCAUUUUGGUACCUUACAUCGAGCUCUUAACACUCAUUUAACUGCAAUUGAAUGUCAUAUGUUGCUGCAAUUUAAUAGAUGAGGCUAUCUGUUUUAGAAAUAAUAUUUGUCUUUUUUGUAAGCAAAAUAUUUACUGUAAGUUUAGUUUAAGGCUAUAGGCCCUAUUGGCUGCAAACCAUUUAUGGCAGUACUUUAAUUGAUAUAUCUUUUGAAAGUAGAAAUUUCAAAUUGCAUUUUAAGUUGAACAUUUUCAAACUUCGUUGUUUUUCAAUUGUAAUUGACAUCGUAAGGAUAAAGACUUUAAAAGUUACGACAGAAGAGGUUUUUGUCUAGAUAUAGAUUUAGUUAUACAAAUUUAAAUGCACUAAAACAGCAUAAAGGUCCAUAGCACGUAGGAAAUUACAAUUCAUAUUUGUUGAACAAUUACUCUGUUUCUUAAUGUUUCUUGGACAUACACUCAAAUUACGCUAGCUUAAGGUGACUUGGCGUCAUUUAAUACAUACAUGCAGGGCCUAAAUAUAAAACUAACUUUGUUUUUUGUUGUGUUCGUUUGUCGGGGUGUUUUUUUACGAAUAUAUGAGAUAGAUCUGCGAUACCUGAAACAGUGGUUAUUGGGAUUAUGUCAUACAGCUUUUUUUCAGACUUGUAACAAACGUUUGGUAAAUGAAAGAAAAAAUGUUGGUAUCGCACGUAAAAUAUGUACUAAGACUAAGAAAGUUCAGGAUGAUUCAUUCCUGGCGGACAGUUCAUCUUCAAAAGAAAUCUAUUUUUUUCACGUGCACGAGUUUAUUAUUCGAGGUGAAUAAAGAGUACACAGUCAGAAAAUUAACUGCAAAAUAAAAAUGGGAACAUUGUUUGAAAUUUCUUCCCCUACAUGGGUUGAUUAGAGUAUCAUGCUGUUAUUAAACUUGUGAUCAUUUUAACAGAUUUUCAGGCCUGAGUGACCAGAAGCUAUUUUCCUAAUAUAAAUCACCCAAAAAUUGGCUUGCGCAAACACUUGCUUUGUUCAGAAUUGGUUCAAAAGUCCAGAAAAGCUAUGGUAUGUGAUUCAAUAAAUAUCAUUUACUUCACCCA